GAGGCAAGGCAAGGAAGAAGAAUAUAUUUGAGGAUAGUGAAGUGAUAGAAGAAAGAAUGGAUGAUAGAAAGGUAUUGGAGGAGCUUGUGAAAGGGCGUGAGUUUGCUAAUCAACUUCGACAAGUGAUGAUUAAUGGAAAAGAUAAUGAUUCACCAUUUGUUCGAAGUCUUGCCAAGAACGUGCUCAGAUCCUUCACCAACACGCUCUUCCUCUUGGACAAGUAUCCCUCUUACGAGGUUUCUCCCAGUACUAAAUCUGAGGACUCUCAAGAAAGUUGCAAGAGUUUUAACAGUAAGAACAAAAGAGGCUGCUACAAGAGAAAAAGAAAUACACAAGAACGGGAGGAGGUGUCUCAAACUCCAAAACUGGAUGGCCACCAAUGGAGAAAGUAUGGCCAAAAAGAGAUCCUCAAUGCUAAGUACUCAAGGAACUACUACAGGUGCACUCACAAGUAUGAUCAGAAUUGUCAAGCAAUAAAACAAGUGCAAAGAAUUCAAGAGGAUCCUCCCUUGUACAAGACCACCUAUUUGGGCCACCACACAUGCAAUGACUUUCUAAACUCUGCAAUCAUACUUGAUUCCAAUAAUGAUCCUUCGGACACUUCCAUAUUGCUAAGCUUUAACAACACCUUCCCUACUCCAACCAAACAAGAGUGCCCCUUUUUAUCAUCUUUUCCCUCACCAUCAUCAGGGAAAAAAGAGGAGGUGAUUCCCUCUUCUUCCCCACCAGAAACCUCCUUAGAUGAUUCUUCAAGGCAUAAUAAUGUCACUCUACCACCACCUGAUUUCUGGGAUGUUAUGUUUGAUUCUGUUGACCUUGAUGAUGUCAACCUUUUGUUGGAUUGUGAUGACUAAUUGGGUCUGCAAAUUAAUUUCCUUUUCAAUUUGAUAGGAGUGGUUGCUAUUUAUAUAUGAAGUGUUUAAUUGAAGCCAAUUAGAGUACAAAUGUUGCUUCAUCCUUUUCUUGCUAGUUCCAUCAUUGUUUUUUUUUGUUU